CAGUUUGUUUGAUCUGUCAGGGAAUGAAAUGCUGAGCAGGACUUUUCACUUCUCCUCACAAGUGCUGGGACACUGCGAGCAUGAAUUCAAGCCAGGCAAACCUGACCAAGUGCGUUCGGGACACGAGCAUCACGUCAGUGGUCUUCCCCUGCCUCUACAGCGUCCUCUUCCUGGUGGCCCUGGUGCUCAACUGCCUGGCCGCCUGGAUCUUCUUCCAGAUCCCCAGCAGGUCCACGUUCGUGGUGUACCUGAAGAAUGUGGUGGUGGCUGAUCUUCUCAUGACGUUCAGCGUGCUGGUGAAGGUGCUGAGCGACGCGGGCGUGGGCUCCUGGCGGCUCAAGGCCUUCUACUGCCGCUACUCCGCUGUGCUGUUCUACACCACCAUGUAUAUCAGCAUCCUGCUGCUGGGCCUCAUCAGCCUGGACCGCUACCUGAAGAUUGUUCGCCCCUUCGGGAAGUGCUUCCUGCAGAGGGUCGGCUUCGGGCAGGGCCUGAGCGCCUCCAUGUGGGUCAUCAUGUGCUCCUUGGCCCUGCCAAAUGUGGUUCUGAGUGACCGGGAGCCUACUCCAUCCCCAAAGCUGAGGUGCAGCUCCCUGAAGGGCCCGGCAGGACUGCAGUGGCACGAGGGGUUCAACUAUUUCUGCCAGGUGGUGUUCUGGGGUACACUGGCACUGAUGGUGGUAUGCUACACGUUCAUCAGCAGGAAGGUGUACGAGUCCUACCAAGCCUCUCGCAGCAGAUCCAGAGCUGCCACCAGGCGGACAAAGGCCAAGGUGUUCAUUGUGGUGGCCGUGUUUUUCAUCUGCUUUGCCCCUUUCCACUUUGCCCGUGUGCCCUACACGCUCACCCAGACACGCAACAUCAACCCCUGUCAGGUGCAAAACCAGCUCUACAUCGCCAAGGAGGCUACACUCUGGCUGUCAGCCACCAACAUCUGCUUUGACCCAUUCAUCUACAUCUUCCUGUGCAGGAUGUUCCGCAGGAAGUUGACUGCCACCCUGAGACGUAAGUCUCUCCCUCUGGGUGGGCCGGAGUCCCCCACAGAGACCUCCACUCGAAUAGAGAUGUCUAACAUAGUGCAUAGCAGGCAUCUCACCACAGAAGAAGAAAUUCAAAGAGCAGCAGACAUUUCUCCACAGAGCAAACAAGCAGAAUAG